AUGGCUUGUGUCGACCACCUUUGCCAGAUCGACGUCGGCAAGAAGACGGCAGGCCCAGCCCGGCGAGCCGUUGAGUACCUCAAGGGCACCUGGCGACGCGUGACCAGAUCGCCGCGCAGAACAGCUGUUCAGCUGAAUAUUUCUUCGCCGUUCCCCCCUCGACGUCGUUCUGGUGCUUGUAUGGAUCGCACUCAGCUCAACGACGUGGUGGACGAUGACGACCUCACUAUUGUGCCUUCUAAUGUUUCCUAUGGGGCAUCGUCAAUCAACUCCGCGUCAUCGCCAAAGAUACAAGAUUGCGACUGGCGCCACUUCACGGAGACUGGCAUCAAGAGCAGCCCCUCGACUUUCUUAGGUCCCUGGUCCAGCCAGCUCGAUGGCGCCGGACGGGGCGCGAAGAACAAGUCUAGUGACUGCCUCACUAUUGAUUCAACACAGACAACCUGGAUCAAGGGCAACACGAGUGAGCUGGAGAUCAUCUCCGAUUACUUUGCCACACGUCCUAACACCCCCAAAGUCCACCCGCACAAGGAUUCAGCAGUCUGGCUCAAGCAUCGGUCUCUUGAGUUGCCGAGCACUGCGCCUAUCACAACGCCGACUCCUGCGGAAAGAUCAACCGCUCACAUGGCUCGACGGGUUAGCGACUCAGUUCUUUCUACUGCCGCCGAUCUGGACAAGUUGUUGGAGGGGGCUCGUAAGGACGAUGAGCCCAUCAGACGAUACAUCACCCGCGCAGACACUAGUGAUCGAUGGUCUUUCGUUUCUAUCAGGGGCGAAUCCACCACCAAUGACUUGAUUCAGGAUGAUAUGGCCGACCUGCCUGCCAGCAAGCGUCGCAAGAUCUCAACGGUGCAGUCUCCUCCUCAGACUCCAGCCGUGAAGGCAGAAACACAGCCCGAGCGGGCAAAGACCACACGAAAUCAUCCACGCUACUCAGGAACCUACACACUUGACCCUCGACGACGGGUUAUGAACUUUCCUCACGGCCCAGCGGUCUUCAUGUCUUCUUCUCCUGCUGUCAAAGUUUAG